CAACAUUUGUCACUCGGCGUCUGAGCAACUUCAGUGACACCGCCAGGAAAGGUCUCUGCUGGUCCAAAUGGCACGCUUCCCACGAGUAGCAUCUUUUUUUCUCUUUCUGACUAAGCUCAGCACUGCCCAGAGAGAAGUAACAGUUCAGAAAGGACCGCUGUUCAGAGCUGAAGGUUACCCCAUCAGCAUCGGCUGCAACGUAACUGGCCACCAGGGACCUUCUGAGCAGCAUUUCCAGUGGUCUGUUUACCUGCCGACAGCCCCGACCCAAGAAAUCCAGAUCAUUAGCACCAAGGAUGCCACCUUCUCUUAUGCAGUGUAUGCACAGCGGGUGCAAAGUAGGGAAAUCUACGUGGAGAAGGUCCAGGGUAACUCAGUCUUUUUGCACAUCUCCAAGCUCCAGAUGAAGGAUUCCGGCGAGUAUGAGUGUCACACACCCAACACUGAUGGAAAAUACUAUGGGAGUUACAGUGCAAAGACGAAUCUAAUUGUCAUUCCAGAUACCCUCUCUGCUGCCAUGACUUCCCAGACUCUCAGUAAGGAGGAAGGUGAGCCAUUGGAACUUACCUGUGAGUCAUCCAAAGCCACAGCUCAACAUACUCACCUCUCUGUCACCUGGUACCUGAUGCAAGAUGGAGAAAGAAGCCAAGCCAACAAGAUUAUUUCCCUCUCCAAAGAUUUUAUGUUGCUCCCUGGGCCCUUGUAUACAGAGAGGUUUGCAGCUGGUGAUGUGCGGCUCGACAGGCUUGGGGUCACUACCUUCAGGCUGUCCAUAGGGAGGCUCCGGCCCUCAGAUCAGGGCCAGCUGUUUUGUGAGGCAACUGAAUGGAUUCAGGAUCCGGAUGAAACCUGGACUUCCAUCACGAAAAAGCAGACAGAUCAAACAACUCUGAGGGUCCAUCCAGCAGUGAGAGAUUUUCAAGUCAACAUCAUGGCUGAGAGCACGGUUCCUGAAGGAAAACCCUUAGAACUGGUUUGCCUGGUCAUGGGCGGUGGCCGGGACCCACAGCUUCAUGGCACUUGGUUCUUCAAUGAUAUUGAAAUGGCCCAUAUUGAUGCUGGUGGAGUUCUGGGUCUGAAGAAAGACUAUCAAGAAAGAGCAAGUCAAGGACAGCUCCAGGUUUCAAAGUUAAACUCCAAGUCUUUCUCUCUCAAGAUCUUCUCUGUGGGGCCAAAGGAUGAAGGUGCCUACAGAUGUGCUGUGGCAGAGGUGACAAGAGCUCAGAUGGGCUCCUGGCAGGUGCUCCAGAAAAAACAGUCACCAGACAGCUACGUGCACCUGAGGAAGCCAGCAGCAAGAUAUGUGGUCGUGUCUACCAAGAACAGGCAGCAAGCAGUGUGGGAAGGAGAGGCGUUAACCCUUCUCUGCAAGGUAGGUGGAGCUAAAAGUCUCCUGUCCGUGACCUGGUGGCACAUCCCACAAGACCAGACACAGCCGGAGUUUGUGGCUGGAAUGGGGCAGGAUGGCACCAUGCAGCUGGGUGCCUUCUACGGGGAACUCAAUAACCACAGCAACACAAGGCUGGAGAAGAUGGACUGGGCCACCUUCCAGCUGGAGAUCACCUCCACCACCAUCACAGACAGCGGCACGUAUGAGUGCAGGGUGUCUGAGAUGACCCAGAACAAGGACAGAGAUCAGAGCUGGGCUCAGAUGUCAGUCACUGUAAAACCUCUGGAGUCAAGUUUACAAGUUAGUCUGAUGAGCCGUCAGCCACAAGUGAAAUUAACCAACACCUUUGACCUGUCCUGCAUAGUGAGGGUUGGCUACUCUGACCUCAAGGUUCCACUCACCGUGACAUGGCAGUUCCAGGCAGCUAGAUCUCGAGCCUUUGAUCUGCUUCUUCGAAUCACCCAUAAUGGCACUAUUGAAUGGGGGAACUUCCUACCCCAGUUCCAAAAGAAGACGAAGGUUUCACAGUCUUUAUUUCGUUCUCAACUCCUAAUCCAUGAUGCCACCGAGGAAGAAGCAGGAGUUUAUCAGUGUAAUGUAGAAGUUUAUGACAGAAGUUCCCUACACACAAACGGCCCCGUGAGGGCUUCUGCCAUCUCUCACCCAUUGAGGAUCACUGUCACUUUACCAGAGAGCAAGCUGAAAGUGAAUUCAAGUAGUCAAGUCCAAGAGAUCGCCAUCAACUCCAACACAGACAUAGAGUGUAACAUCCUGUGCCCAUCCACUGGAAACCUUCGGUUGGCUGUUACUUGGUACUUCUCUGCCACGUCCACUAAUGCACCCUGGCUGAGGAUCCUGGAAAUGGACCGAACCCACGUAGUAAAAUACGGGGAUGAGUUUCAGACCGCACGGAGGAAACAAAAAUUCCACGCCGAGAAAGUUUCCCAAGACUUGUUUCAGCUACACAUUCUGAACGUGGAAGACAGCGAUCAGGGCAAAUAUCGCUGUGCUGUGGAGGAAUGGCUCUGGUCUACAAAUGGCACUUGGCACAAGCUUGGAGAAAAGACGUCAGGUCUAACAGAAUUGAAACUCAGGCCCACAGGAAGUAAGGUACGCAUCUCCAAAGUGUCCGGGACAAAAAAUGCCUCCGAGCACAGCGAGGUGGCCAUCCGCUGCAGCCUGGAGAGUGCGGGCAGCCCAGCCUCCCUGUUCUCUGUGAUGUGGUACUGGAACGGAGAAAAUUCUGGAAGUAAAAUGCUGGUGCACCUGCAGCAUGACGGCUUGCUGGAGUAUGGCGAAGAGGGGCUCAGGAGGCGCCUGCACUGUUACCGUUCAUCCCCUGCAGACUUUGUCCUGAUGAUGCAUCGAGUGGAGAUGGAGGAUACUGGAAUGUACUGGUGCAGGGUGGCAGAGUGGCAGCUACACGGUAACCCAAGCAAGUGGGUCAGCCAAGCAUCAGACGAGUCACAGCAUGUGGUGCUCACGGUGCUGCCUUCAGGCUGAAAACAAUUUACAGAUUCCCGAAAGAAAAUGACUUCGCCAUUUCUCUCAACAGUAACUCAGUUUGGGCAGACAAGGUUACCUGAGGUUUUGGCAUGGACGUUUAAACGUCAAGGGCAUCUGACCUCCUCCCCCACGUUCCCUCUUAAACAAAAAAGCCAUCAACAUUGUAUCCCUUUAAAUAACCAAAUAAUGUUGGAGGCAGACAUCCUUACCUCUUGGCUAAUUCUCCAAUCUCAGAAGGCUGACCUGUGGUGGGACUGAGACGAGCAAUAGGGACAUGGUGACUUUGUGUUUGAUCUGGUUGAACCAAAAUCAGCUAUAUCUAAAUGCUCCCUGAGUCAAAACGAACCCAACAACAAAAAAAAGCCUUUCUCAACGAAUAAGUGGCAAGCUUCUUAUUGACGUGUUCAACAAACUAUCGGAGUUUUGGUCGUGAUAGUCAUUGGGUGUGCCUCUCCUGACUGCACCUUGGAAGUCAUCAAGGGAGGAGGUGUGUCCCAUAGAACUUGUUUACAGGCUCUGGCAAAAAGACAGCUGCUUGAAGACCAUUGGCCAAAGGGUGACCCUUCUCUGUGUGGGAAGGUCAGCUUAUCCUGCUGAGUGCUCAGCUUUAGGAGGUGUGUAGAACAAGAGGUCGUGAAGGAUGAGAGGGCUUCCUUCCAGCCAGUGUGGUGCCAAGCAUGUAAUAGGUAUCCAUUAAGCAAAAAUUCCUCCAGCCAGACCAGUAAAUCUUCCCAGGUGAUUAAGGAGCCAGUAGAUGUUGUAGCCUGCUCAUCCUCUGAGCCAUUUCUUUCUGGUGGGGUUUAAGGAUAAGGCGAGAGGUGAGCUAUAGGUUAAACUCACAGUGGGAGAGGGUCACUGGAGAGGCAGAGGUGUGGUCUUGGUGCCCCAUCCCAGGAAGAGUAGAAAGGAUCAAUAAAGAUAACAUCCCUACAGCACCAGCUAGCUUUGGGGACAGUCUGUAGGAGGGAAAGAGGGCUACUGAGAACGGAUGGCGCCUCCUCAGAGUUGGGACAGUUGCAUCCCAGCCCCAGCAAGGCUUCUAGAGUGGAAGUCAGAGUUAUCUAACUUGUUCGCUGGGGUCCAUCAUUCUCGUCCCCUGACUAUUCUUCAGCAGGAUUCUUCUCCCAAGUAUCCGGGCAGGACUUAUCUUCCUAUCAGCUUUUCUUCCAUUCCAACAAUUAUAGGAAGUCCCCACCCUGAGCACAUUCCAUACAUGUUUUCCCACUGGAAUUCCUAGGCUCUGUAGAUUCAGCCGUUUAUGCAGUAGAAUAAAUAGAUAAUAACUGUAAAAAGUGUAUAUUCUGUGGCUAAAAAGCACAUCUCCUCUGAGACAGGUGGGAUCGUUCAAAGCAUAUAUAUACUGUUCAUCUUUGUGGAAUUCUUAUAAAACAGGUGUAAAGUUUUUAAAAAGAUCAACUCUGGAAAGAAAAUGUUACAAACUGAAUGGUCUUUGUAUUCUUCACAACUGAAGGCGCUGGAAAGCCUGUGCCAUGAGAACCUGAGGGUUUUCAUUAUAAGUACAGUUAAGUGUUCCCAAGUAAAUCUGUAUAAUAUAGCAUCUCACUUCUUCUGCCUGGCUGUUCCUUUCUGGUAGUUGGGAAGACAGUGUGGGUGAUGAAAAAUCCCAGGGUUUGGAAUCAGACAAGCCGAGUCUCAAAUUGCAGCUCUAUCACCUCCCUACUAGCUAUGAAGUCAUACCCUGGUUACUCAGCUUUCUCAUAAAAUGAGGAUUAUGGUGCAAAUGCAUAUGAAGUACCUAGCACAGUCCCUGACGUACUCUUAAGUGCUCAACAAAUGUUACCUCCUUCUCCCCUUAUAACUCCAAACGUGCUAGCGACGCACACACACACACAUAUCUACCUAUGUAUAUAUCUAUUUAUGUGAUAAAAUAUUUUAAUUUGUUCAAUAAAUAACUGUAUGAGGUUCUGAGGACACACAAAAAAUAUAUUACGGAAUCUGUUCCCACAGAGCUGACUCUGGUGGGGAAGUAAAGUCCAACACGAUACGUGUCAUGAAAGAAAUAGUCUCAGGAUACUAAGGAAGGAGCAGAGGCAGGGCUGGGAUGAAGAGCUGGGCUGGGAGAUCUGGAAAGGUUCCCCAGAGUAUGGGGCCUAUAAAAAGGAAGGCACAUGUUCUGGGAAAAGGAAAGUAUAUGCUAGAUGAUCAGAGAAACUGUGGUAGGAUGGCAAGAGAGGAGGCUAGUGGGAUGGAACGGGUACAGACGUCAAGUGGGUCUUUUGUAUGGAGCUAGGGAAGAUAAGCUUUCUCAUGGAAGUUACAGAGUGUCAUUGAACAAGUUCAGGCAGGAGAGUGACACAUCAGAUUUGCAUUUUAGAAAGCUCUUCCUGGGAACAGUGUUAAAAAUGAAUUGAAAGGGAGGUAGGCACAGAGAAGGGAGAACUAUUUGAAAUUGAUUGUAGGGACCCAGGUGAGACAAGAUGAAGGCCUGAAUUAAGGCAGUGCCUGUGAGGGCUGAGAGAAAGACAGGCGUUCUGCAUUCCGUAUUAGGAGAUGGGGUCUUCAGGAUUUAGAGACUGAUCAGGUGUAUGUGGAUGGUGAAUGAGCAGAAGAAGAGAAUCGAGGAUGAAUACCAGGCUUCUGGCCUAAGGUGGAUAGUGGUGACAGUCACUAAAUGAGGUGAUAUAGGAGAAAGGACUAAAGGGGAAGAUGAGUUCAAUUUUGAAUAAGUUGGACUGGAAUUGAGUUUGGAGUACCGGUGAGUCAUCUAGGGAGAUCUGUCCAAUAAACUUCAGGAUUUCCAAGUGAGAUCUAUACCAGAGUUAUAGAUUAGAAGUCGUCAGCUUAUGGCCUAUAACGAUGCCCAAGGAUGGAUCCCUGAGAUACACCGCUAGUUCUCGGGGGACUGCAGAAGAGGAACCUGUGAAGGAGAGUGGAAGGAGUAGCCUAGAGGUAGGAGGAGAACCAGGGUACGGUGGUAUCAUAGACACCAAAGGCAGGAGGGAUCAAGAGUAGGGAGAGCCGACAGAUUCGACUAGUGCAAAGAGGCCAAUUAAGACCAAAAUAGGAAAAUAUCCAUUGGGUUUAACAAUAUAGGGCAGUUACAGAAAAAUAGUGAGAAAAGUCAGACUGCAGGGACAAAGUGGACACAUCAAAUCCAGUUCAUGCUUUCAAGAGCUUUGAUGUAAACGGAAAGAGAGAAGACAAGAGCAAAUGGCAAGAGGUGCAGUGAAGCUUUGCUUUGUUUUGUUUUGGUUUGAAGAUGGUAGGGACUUGAGCACUGUUACAUCUAGAGAGAAAAGAGCCAGUAGAGAGGAAGAAGAGGAAGAUUAGAAGAGAAUGGAUAUGACUGACAGUCCAACAUCUUUUUUUUUUUUU